UAAUACAGUGAAAAUUUGGUUUUGAAUUUCUAUUUAAGAUCAUGAUUAUGAGGCCAUAGAUGAAGACGCAUUGGAUACGAAUCCAACGCGAUCGACUUAUCCACCACCAACGAUUCCGAUGUCACCUCGGCCUAACAGAGCAAGGUCGACAUCAUCCCUCAAACCAGUGCGGAUAGUAGACGUAGCAAACACUUACAUGGAUCUAUCAACCCUAACAACGGAUGAAAACAGACAGAUACUAUUAACAGGAAUCAGAAAAACCAUUUCCAUAAAAGAAAUCGAAACCAUACUGAAAUCGGAUUUACUUAAAAGAAAUGAUGACCUUGAAGAUAUCAAGGUCGACAGAGUUCACGGAGAAGCCGUUGUUAUGUUGAAAAACGGAAGAGCUGCUAGCGAUGUCUUGGAUAAAGCAAAACCUGAAGGGAAAGUAACAUUGCAAGAUACAGAGGUCUAUGUAUCGCCAUUGAACCAGGCUCCAAUUGAUCCACGUAAGAUGUUUGUAUUUGAUUUUGACAAAUCAUUUGAAGAUAUGAUUCUAUACGAUGAUGCAACACUUGGAACACGGCCCACAAAAGAAAUUAGAGGAGAAAAUAGGACAGCUGUUUUGUUAUGCUUUGAUAUUGAUGUUUCUCAAGAUCAGACAUUUCAACAUCUACUUACCGCCUAUAAAUGGAAUAUGUUGCCUGUGGAACGUACAAAUAGAGUUCGAAUUAAAGGCGUUUCUAUGGAAACAACACCUGAGGACGUGAAAGACUAUUUCAAUAAAAAGCUUUCAAAUGAUGAAAGCAUAACAUCUAUGGAAUAUAGAGAACACUUGGGGGACUAUAUCAUCACGUUUUCUACAAUAAAUGAUGCAGAGAGAGUGGAAAACCAAGAGAUUAACUCUAUAAAUGGAAAAUAAAUUGAAAUAGCUUAUUACUAUCCUUAUCUAGAAGAUGAGGAUGCAUAUAUAUUUAAUAUUCCACAACCAAAGAAAAUGCGGUACGUUGACAGAGAUAUUUGCGGGUAUCUACAAACAUCCGCUAAAUACAAAAAAGAGUUAGAAGAAAGUGUAGCGUCCCAUCAUGGAAAAGUUCGUUGGCCUAGUAAUGAAGGAGCAUAUAUGGAGGUGAUGUGCAAUGUGGAUGAACGAGACAGAAAGGCAAAGAUAAAAGUUGAAGACUGGGAAGAACAUGCGGC